AUGUUCAUCGCGCGAUCGGAAUAUGACCGUGGAAUUAACACCUUCUCCCCCGAAGGACGUUUAUUCCAGGUCGAAUACUCUCUUGAAGCUAUCAAACUAGGUUCGACGGCGAUCGGUGUCGCAACCAACGAGGGCGUCAUCCUGGGCGUUGAGAAGCGUGUCACAUCCACUCUUCUUGAAGCCUCUUCCGUCGAAAAGAUUGUCGAGAUUGAUCAGCACAUUGGCUGUGCUAUGUCCGGUCUGCAGGCAGAUGCCCGGAACCUCGUCGAGCAUGCCCGCGUUGAGUGCCAAAACCAUGCCUUCCACUAUGCCGAACCACUGCGAGUUGAGAGCUGCACCCAGGCCAUUUGCGAUUUGGCCCUGAGAUUCGGAGAGACCGGGGAUGACGAAGAAAGCGUGAUGAGUAGGCCUUUUGGUGUUGCUUUGUUGAUCGCGGGUUUCGAUGAGGAUGGCCCUCAACUAUAUCAUGCCGAGCCAUCCGGUACAUUCUACCGAUACGACGCGAAGGCCAUUGGGUCCGGAAGCGAGGGUGCGCAAGCGGAAUUGCAGAACGAAUAUCACCGCUCCCUCACUCUAGAAGAAGCGGAGACACUGGUCCUCAAGACACUGAAGCAGGUCAUGGAGGAGAAGCUAGACGCAAAGAACGUUCAGCUUGCCAGUGUGACCAAGGAGAAGGGCUUCCGUAUCUACAAUGAUGAGGAGAUGGGACGGGCUGUUGCGACCUUGGGUGGUAAUCAAUAA